GUGCUGAUUACAGAUUGGAAGUGUUUGUUGGUUAUUUUAAUGACAUGGGGGGGGAAGAAACAUUUAAUCUUGUUUUGUUCAUUUUCUCUUCCUCAGGGAGUCCGCUUCGACCCAGAGAUUCCCCAGACCCUGCGUCUGGAGUUCGCCAAAGCCAACACCAAGAUGGCCAAGAGCAAACUCGUGGGCACCCCUAACCCUCCCCCGUCCCAGCAAAGCCCUGGACCCCCCUUCAUCAGCAGAGACCCCUAUGAGCUCACAGUCCCUGCCCUCUACCCGGGCAGCCCCGACAUGUGGGCCUCGUACCCUCUGUACCCCGCCGAGCUGUCGCCCGCCCUCCCACCCACUUUCACCUACCCUUCCUCGCUGCACGCUCAGAUUCGCUGGCUUCCCCCGGCAGAUGGCAGUCCUCAGGGCUGGAAGUCCCGACAGUUCUGCUGAAAAAUAUGUUCCUUUUGUGUGAUGGUGGCUAGGACUGGCCUUGAUGGAGUGUUGCGUGGCUUCUGCAGUCCAACCAGGGAGGUACCAGACCUCUCUACCCUUACAGUGGACCACUGGUA